AUGGUGGAUGCUGAGCAAGAAGAAACUAUAAUUCGACAUUAUUUCUCGUUAAAUUACGACUACAAUACAAUUUUGAGUUUUCUCAAAAGAAAUCAUGGGAUAAACAUUUCAAAAAGAACGCUUUUAAAUCGUUUAAGUGAGUAUCAGCUCCAUAGAAGACAUCGUAAUGUUGAAGAAAUUGUUCGAGAAUGCAUAUCAACAGAGCUGGACGGUUCUGGUUCACUACUUGGUUACCGAUCGAUGUGGCGUAUUUUACAUUCAAAAUAUGGCGUCAACGUCCCAAGAUCAGUUGUUCAAGUUCUUUUGGCUGAGCUUGAUCCGGUGGGAACCCAGCAAAGAAAAGCUCAUCGUCUGAAAAGGCGGCAGUAUUCCAGCCCCGGUCCCAAUUAUUGUUGGCACUCAGAUGGGUACGACAAACUAAAGCCGUACGGCUUUCCUGUUGACAGCUGCAUUGACGGAUAUAGUCGAAGAAUUAUCUGGCUCAAACUUACUAAAAGUAACAACAAUCCGCAUAUUAUUGCCUCAUUCUUUUUAGAAUCUAUUAAGGAAUUACAAGCUUGUCCGGCACUCUUACGACAGUGCAGUGUUUCCUUCGGAGAAACCAUAACGAUUCAUUAUCCGGUUUGGGUGCUCAUCGUUAUGGCUCAUCGCAUACAAAUGAACGGAUAG